AUUGGCUCCAGUGCUCCCCCAGACAUAGCCAACAGGGAGGUGCUGAGGAUUGAGCAAAAUGGAUCCCUUACCUUUGUAAAUGUGCCUCUCAGCUCCACCAGUAACUACACUGUUGAAAUGACAAAGUCUGGACUGGGUAUAGCUGUGAUAAAAUUCACUCUGACAGUAUUUGAAGAGAUCCAGAAUGUGACUCUGAGCAUGCAGCCUGAUUUUGUCAAAGAGGGAACUGACCGGUUCACCCUGCAAUAUAGCUUUUCGCAAGGAGUGGUUGAGCAUCAAAUGUGGCUCUUCAGUGGCAGAGAGAUAAAAACCAGCUCGCACUACUUGGUGGAGCAAAGGAGCGUCGUGAUCCUCAAACCAAACCGAAACGACACGGGGCGGUACACAGUGUCGCUGACGAACCCUUUCAACCACGUGCAGGCUCACAUGAAUGUCACGGUGCUGUAUGGACCAGAUGAGCCUGUACUUGAGGCCCGUCCAUCCCAGUCUUUCUAUGUACUAGGGGACUCUCUGAGCCUCUCCUGCCAGGCUGAGGGAUUCCCGCAGCCGACAGCUGAGUGGGAAUUUGGUGGUCAAACCCUUUCUGAUUCCCGUGAAGGAGUCCUAAAUCUAACAAACGUACAGACCAGUCAAGGCGGCGUUUACACGUGCACUCUGGUCAAUGAGCAGACAAAUGAACGGCGCCAGAAGAGCAUGAUUUUAAAUAUUUAUGAGAAGCCGCCGGGCAGCCCGACAUGCUCUGUACAGUCGGCGAAUGGGAACGCCGACCUGCAGUAUCGCUGUCGGUGGUCGGGGGGAACCCCACAGGCCCAGCUGUCUUUCCCAGCACUAAGCAACACGAGCAGUGGAGCAGGGGACUUCAACCUGACCGUCGCUGCCUCAGAUAACUUGAACGGCAAUACUGUCACAUGUAUGUUAGUCCACCCAGUUGAAGAAAAUCAGUGCAACGUUACUGCACGUAGUCCAAUGGAGUUCCUCCCAACUGUGGGAACCACAGUUGACUCUGAGGGCAAAAUAGUGGUCGCAAUCCACUGUGUCAGUGCGGCUUCGCCUGAGGCUGUGGUGUCAUGGUCCAAAGGCAGCGAGGCUGUCACCAGCGGGACAACUUACCAGAUCAGCAGUGACACCACACAGCUCAAGAUUCGCAGUUACAAUGUCAGCAACUUUCUCCUGCAAAACUACAUGUGCACCUGCCGCAACCCACUGGGCACCCAGAGACGGAAAAUACAGUUACGAGGGCCGUCGAUCUCAGAUUCCAGUUUGUUCCCUAAUCACGAAGGAACCAUCGUCACGUUGACCUGGGAGGUCCCUCCUACCUCUGUUGUUACAGGGUUUGACAUCCAAAUGAAAGGACCAGACCUCCUGAGCGGGAAUCGUACUCAAACUAGAGGCACCUCAGACAAAUAUCGCACCAUCCAGUGGAAACCUGGCUCUGCCCGUAGCACGGACAUCUUUGUCCUCGAUCCCAACUUGACGUACCGGUUUCGGGUCAUCCCCAGAGCUCGUAUGACUGAAGGAGAGCCGUCUGAGGUCCAUAGAAUUGGUCCAGGUGAAGGGCUGAGUGGUCCCGCCAUUGCUGGCAUCGCAGCUGGAAUCCCCUGCAGCCUUCUCUUCCUGCUCCUGCUGGCUGGCCUCAUCUACCUCUGUGUCUACUGCAACAAGAACAAAAGUCGGCAGACAAGAUAUCCAGUGUCCAGAGCCGUUGAGAAGGCAAUAGCAACCCAAUCAGAUCCAGCUCCUCACAACCUGCUGACAGGAGGGCUGAAGUCUCCUCCUGACUACAACAGAUUGCAGCAGACUCCCUCUGAAAGAUCAGGGGCUCUCCCCACAUUCGUCCCUCCGCCGCCUGUCAGAGUCGCUACAACUGUCUAAACUCCAAAAUUUUCUUUAAUGUGUAUAUUACUUUUGUAUAGCAUUCUUUAUUGUUUAUGUUUUAUUUUAAUCUGGGAUUUUCUAUAUUUUUAUCGUGAUUUUAAGUAAAACGAAGAUGAAUGCCGUAAACUGA